CGGGUCCUCCCCGGGGUCCCCGCCGUAACCUUCGCUGAAAUCAGCCGCUGGUGGCAUGAACAGACACUGCUCCAGUGAGGUCAGUGGCGCACAACGAAGUUCUGGUCCAAACUAUCCAGCUCCCACCCAGCAGGACGAGGACACCUGCAGCGAUUAUGGAAGCCGCGACAAGCCGGGCACUGCCCUGGGGAGGACUGUACCGGAUGGGGGCGCGCUUUUUCCUGAUAUUUUUCGCACGGAUCAUCUUUUGUUUUAUGAGCGAUUUAAAGCUUACCAGGAUUACAUUUUGGCUGACUGCAAAGCUUCUGAGGUGAAGGAAUUCACGGCUGAGUACCUGGAGAAGGUCCUUGAGCCGUCGGGAUGGCAGGCUGUUUGGCGCACUAAUGUGUUUGAGGUCCUCGUGGAGGUGGUUGAUGUGGAGUACUCAGAUCUGAAGGCAGUUGUGCAGCUCUGUGAGCCUUUCCUGUGCGAGUCACAGGUUAGCACCUUUACGUUGGAAUGCAUGCAGGAACUCUUGGAGCUGAAGGAGCGUCGGAUACCGCUGCAGGAGCUGUGGGUUGUGUAUGAUGAGUCGGGAGAGUUUGAUCAGACAGCACUAGCUGUGGAGCAUGUCAGGUUCUUCUACGAGUGCAUCUGGAGGACCUGGGAUGAGGAGGAGGAGGAUGAUUUUGAUUACUUUGUGCGAUGUGUGGAGCCUCGACUGAGACUGCAUUAUGACAUCCUUGAGCACCGUGUGCCUUCUGGUCUUGUUGCUGAUUACCACAACUACUUGUCUCAAUGUGAAGAGCUCUACAGGAAGUUUUUAAAUGUGAGGAACAACAUAUCAAGCAGUGAUUCAGACUCUGAAAUGGAAAAUGUCUCCAUGGUGGAGGGAUUAAAGUUGUAUGAGAAAAUAGAGCACUUGAAACAAAAACUAAAACUAAUUGAGAAUCCUCUGCUGAGGUAUGUAUUUGGUUACCAAAAAUACAGUGGUCUCCAAGCUAAAGGUCAGAGACCAACAGGUAUCAAGAUCACUCAUGUUGUGUCCGCAACUGUGAUGGCGAGUCUCUUGCAGUCUUUGAUAAGGGACAGACUUUGCCCUGAGUCUUGUGGUGAAGAACUAGAAAUACAGUUCCACAAUGAUCCGCUGGCAGCUGUAAAUGCUUGUUAUGAAGGAGACACAGUCAUCAUCUGUCCUGGUCAUUAUGUUGUGGAUGGCGUGUUCUGCAUUGCUGAUUCUAUUGAAGUGGAAGGCUAUGGCCUGCCAGAUGACAUUGUGAUAGAAAAGCAAGGGAAAGGAGACAACUUCGUGGACUGUACAGGAGCCAAUAUAAGGAUCUCCAAUUUGAAGUUGGUGCAACAUGAUGCUGUGGAAGGGAUUUUAAAUGUUCAUCAAGGGAAAACAACUUUAGAGAAUUGUGUAUUACAGUGUGAAACUACAGGCAUAACUGUACGAACUUCAGCUGAACUAUUAAUGAAGAACUCAGAUCUGUAUGGUGCCAAGGGUGCUGGUGUGGAAAUAUACCCUGGUAGUACGUGCACCUUGUUGGACAACGGCAUACACCACUGCAAGGAGGGAAUACUCAUAAAGAAUUUCUUAGAUGAACAUUAUGACAUCCCCAAAAUAAGCAUGGCCAAUAAUGUGAUCCAUAAUAAUGAAGGAUAUGGUGUGGUCCUGGUAAAACCAACUGUUUCUUCUGAUGUAAAGGAUGCUUCAGUAGAAGGAACAACAGGGGAUGCACAGUCUACCCAGUCAAGUGAUGAGAGAGCACAUGUAGAGGGCUUCAGACAAGAACAACUACCUGAGUGUGUAGCUGAUGAAUUGGAGUUUUAUAAGCAAGCUGAGAUUUCUGAAGGCAAUCAUGAAAUUGUAAGUGAACUUGGUGCUGCUUCUGCAAAGAAGAGUCAGAUGCACAGGAAAAGGCUGAGUGAACUGGGAAUCACAGAAGCUGAUGACAACUUAAUGUCACAGGAGAUGUUUGUUUCUAUUGUGGGCAAUCAGUUCAAAUGGAAUGGCAAAGGAAGUUUUGGUACUUUUCUCUUCUGACAGUCCUGAUUCCUAGUGGCAUUGUAAUAAGAUUUGCACAAGCUGUUUUUUUCACUGCUACUUUCUGAGGAGGUAACUUCCACCAGCUUUCCAUAAUGUUAGUAAAAUAUUUAUUAAUUAUAUAUAUACACGCACAUAUAUACAGCAUGUGAAAACUACUUUCUUUGUGCAAGCAUGGGCAAUGCUGGUAGAAAAGAGAACUCUGCUAAUCUAUGGACUUGCUCUUUGCUAGCUGUCAUUUUUUGUUGUUUUUUUUCUUCUUUUUGGUAUAUUUAUUUGACUCCUUUGGUUCUUUUUUAACAUAUAAAUAAAUCUUUCUACAAACAAAAAGUUUGUCAUGGAAGAAUGGAAAACAGCUGCUCAGCAAUUGGUGGUACAUCUUCCUCCAUAGUUUUUUUUAAAGUGCUGUUAGCCUCUACAUCCCUCCUAUAAGAGAAUGAUAGACUUAGUUUUGUGUGCCAAACAGAAGCUGGUGAACUGUUGCAUGAAAUGUAGUAGUUGGCUGCCAUGCUUUGCUUUAAGAAUUUUUUAGAGAAAUUGGCAUCUGGAAGGGUAGCAUCGUUCAGUCUUCUUUGGAAAUAAGCUGGCACACAGCAGCAGCUGCCACUGCCUGUGUACCUUUGACAUAAGGAGGGAUGGUGUCUAACUAAAACUCUGAAUAAGAAAUAAAAACAGAUGUUUCUAUGGUUAGUGUUAUUCUACUAUGUCUUUCAGCACAUUAUUCUAAAAUGUUUGAAACUCCUAUGCCACAUAUAGCAGCAGAUCUCUUGGAAAUAAAAGGAAAACUGAAAAGGAAAAAAACCAAGAGCUUUGCAUGAGAUCUCAUCAGCACACAGCUAUGGAGCAUUUGGUUAAAAAAAAAAAAAAAAAGCAUUUCAGUGACUCACCAUUCAUUACAAAUUAACUGGAGAUGAAAUUUGGCUGAACUGCCUGCCCCAGGAUUCUGCCUUUUCAGUGCUUCUCAUUCCUUAUAAAUAUAAAUCCAAAUACCUUAUUUAAGCUUAUAUUGCCUUCGGGAGUUGUAUUUCCAUACAUCGGUUCAAAACCAGUUCUACAUGUUUAAAAAAAAAAUAAAAAAUCCCAAGUGAUUCAAGGGGGUGCUGUAAAACACAGGAUGGUGUUGAGAAGAAGGAAGGUGCCAGCAAGAGAAUUUCGGAAUAACUUCUGCAAGUAACUUAGCAAGUAUAUACCUUCCCAACACUGUAGAGUGUUGCUUAAGGUGGAGAUGAGUUGUCUACUCCAGGUUUUUCACUCCACCCACUUCUGAAACUUCAGUGGGAAUCAAAAUUGUCUUGAGUCUAUGACUUGUUUUAGUGUG